ACUCUCCCCCAUUUUCUAUCAGACAUUAUUAUAAUAAUUCCCAUCAAUUGAAGACAUCACUAUAUAAAGAUGCAUCAUUGAAUUUCUCAAAAUCCGAUGAAUUGCUCGAGAAGGAAAAAAAAAAAAAACGAAAGAGAGAGAGAGGAAGAAAGCUGCAUUGCUAUUUAGAUACUGUACUGAACCCCAUCAACCUCAAUCGUGUUGCCUCCUCCUAGAAAUCUUCAUUUCCAAUACAAGCUCAAAAACCAGAGCUCUCUCGCCAACAGUUCUGCAGCAGCUGCUCUCUUGAACCCUUCAAUGGCUGUUCUGGUGUUUCUGGUGCUUUUCCUGGCCUUCACUGGCCAUUCGGGUGCAACAUACUGCUUGUGCAAAGACGGGGUCGGUGACCAAGCCCUCCAGAAGAGCCUGGACUAUGCCUGUGGAGCUGGGGCUGAUUGCUCCGCCAUCCUUCAGGCCGGCUCUUGCUACCAGCCCAACACCGUGAAGGACCACUGCAACUACGCCGUGAACAGCUAUUUCCAGAGGAAAGGCCAGGUCGCCGGUAGCUGCGACUUCUCCGGGACCGCCGCUCCUUCCACUGUUCUUCCGAAUCAACCCUCUGGGUGUGUCUUCGCUUCAAGUCCAAGCUCCAUCACACCCGCUGCUCCGGCGUCCAAUACCACCACGACCAUGUCCCCGCCGGGCACCAUCAUCACCACCCCGACCACGGGGUUCAAUGGCGGCACGGGGUUAGGCCCCACCGGCAUCAACGACUCCAGCGACGCCGCCGACCCGGCUCUCUUCAGCAGCAUCAAUUCAGUCCUCCUCCUCCUCCUCUCCCUGGCUAUCAUUCCCUUGUUGCGUGGUUAA